CCAGCCGGGUAAGGGACGAUGAGCGCGGAAGCAGCCGCCCCCGAGGCCGCGGGCGAGGAGAUGGAGGCCCUGUGCUCCCAGCUGCUCCUGCCCGCCCCGGGACGGGCAGCGGGGGCCCCGGGAAGCCCCCCAGCAGCCGGCAGCAGCCCGGACGGGUCUCCGGAGGAAAAUGGAGAGAGCCCCUGUGAGGGCGAGGGCAAGGAGGAUGGGAAAGAGGCUCCUGAGAAGGCCAAGGUGCCCCGGGCUCAGUAUUUCAAAGGGGACGUGGCGGAGGGCUCCGAGUACCUCUACAAAACCCACAUGUGCCCCGAGUGCAAGCGGUGCUUCAAGAAGCGGACGCACCUGGUGGAGCACCUCCACCUGCACUUCCCCGACCCCAGCCUGCAGUGCCCCAACUGCCACAAGUUCUUCACCAGCAAGAGCAAGCUGAAGAUCCACAUGAUGCGCGAGACGGGCGAGAAGGCCCACCGCUGCCCGCUCUGCCACUACAGCUCGGUGGAGAAGAACGCCCUCAACCGCCACAUGGCCAGCAUGCACGAGGACAUCUCCAACUUCUACUCCGACGUCUACUCCUGCCCGGUCUGCGAGGAGAAGUUUCGCCUCAGCCAGGCCCUCAAGGAGCACCUGAAGACCCACAAGGCCGAGCCCAAGAGGCUGAGCUGCUUCCAGGGGGGCUGCGACUACUGCGCGGAGGACCGUAAGGAGUUUGUCCGCCACCUCAAGGACGCUCACGGCAUCAAGGCGGUGGAGUGCAAGUACCACGCCUGCUCGCUGCUCUUCGGCACGGCCGAGGCCAUGGAGGCUCACCGGAAAACCCACUACGCCUUCCACUGCCAGCAGUGCGACUUCAUCUGCUCCAACAAGCACGUCUUCCGCAAGCACAAGAAGCAGGGGCACCCGGGCAGCGAGCAGCUCCAGUGCGGCUUCUGUCCCUACGCCACCUUCAACCCCGUGGAGUUCCACGACCACGUGGGCAAGAUGCACGCCAACGAGAAGAUCCACAAGUGCACCGAGUGCGCCUUCGCCACCGCGCACAAGCGGGUGCUCAUCCGGCACAUGCUGCUGCACACGGGAGAGAAGCCUCACAAGUGCGAGCUGUGCGACUUCACGUGCCGCGACGUGAGCUACCUGUCCAAGCACAUGCUGACCCACUCCAACGACAAGAACUUCAUGUGCACCGAGUGCGGAUACGUCACCAAGUGGAAGCACUACCUCAACGUCCACAUGCGCAAGCACACCGGUGAUCUGCGGUACCAGUGCAACCAGUGCUCCUACCGGUGCCACCGUGCUGACCAGCUGAGCAGCCACAAGCUGCGGCACCAGGGCAAGAGCCUGAUCUGCGAGGUGUGCGGCUUCGCCUGCAAGCGCAAGUACGAGCUCCAGAAGCACGUGCAGGCGAAGCACUCGCAGAACUACCAGGUGCCCACCUUCCAGUGCCGGUACUGCGCCUACCAGACCAAGUACAAGCAGGCACUGCUGAACCACGAGAACUGCAAGCACACCAAGCAGAAGGAGUUCCGCUGCGCCCUCUGCUCUUACUGCACCUUCAGCAACACCAGCCUCUUCUUCCACAAACGCAAGAUCCACGGCUACGUGCCUGGUGAUAAGGACUGGCUGGAGAACUACGCCAGCAAGGAGCUGGAGGUCUCCUCCUCCGAGGCGCUGCUUGGCUAUGAGCUCGGUGCGGCCCUGCGUGUGGACGCCAGCUCCCCCCUCUCGGGCAAGGAGCAGUGGGCAAAGGCAGCCCAGCGGGAGUCCCAGGGGGAAGAGGGCUACCAGCAAGUGUUCGUGGUGCCCCUUCUUGGGCAGGACGCGGCCCUGCCAGAGGACAGCAGCAAGGUGCAGAGAGCUACGGGCGAGGGGGAGCGGAGCUGCCCGGUCGCUGGUGACGCCCUGGGAGAUGACUGCGUGCAGAGCGAUGCUGCCACGGGCUCAGCUGAGCUUGCCGCUGCUGGGGAAGAGGCAGAGAGCUGCACGUUGCACUUAGAGACGCUGAACGUCCCGCCUGACCCCGUCCUGCAGCACUUGACUGGAGGUGCCUGCGCGGCGCAGCCGGAGAGUGUGGAGAUGCUGACCUGCAGGGAGCCUCCUGCAGCCUACGAGGUGCUGGGUUCCCGGGAUCACCUCGGCUUGGGGGACAACGACAAUGCACUUGAAGACAUCUCGGACUAUAAGGAAGAGGAGGCAGAUGUCCAUGAGGAUGAGGAGGUGAGGCUGGAGGGCAGCGUAGCAGCAGGUGCCAGCCAGGAAGAAGACACCGUCAGGGAGGCCGUGGGCCACCUCGAGGGGCCUUGUUCAGCCCCCUGCAAGCUGGUCCCAGACACGGAGAUGAGAGAGACCGGUCCAGCUGAGUUGCCAGAGGCCUGGCUCAGCGUGCUGAAGACGGCUGAGCCCAGCCACCCACCCGGCCCGGGCGAUGUGGCCGCCUCCAGCGACGACACCAGGAGCGGCUCGGAGUCGGUGCUGAAGGCGCUGCGGAAGCAGGACAAGGAGCAGGCGGAGACGCUGGUGCUGGAGGGCAGGGUGCAGAUGCUGGUGGUGCAGUCAGAGAGCCAGAUCUUUAAGUGCGAGAAAUGCUCCUACAUAACCCGUAAGGAGAAGUCCCUGUCCCUGCACUCCAAAGCCAGCUGCCAGAGCCGCCGGGCCCCGCUCGUGUGCUGUGAGUGCGGCGCCACGUUUAAGCAGCAAAGGGGGCUCAACACCCACCUCCUCAAAAAGUGCCCGGUCCUCCUGAAGAAGAACAAGAUCCUCAAGCCACCUGGCUUGCACCAGCCUUCUGGCCAGCUAGGAGACAACGGCACAGAAACAGCAGAGAGCGACAGGGGAGGCACGGAGGAGUCUGGACAUCCUGAUCCCGCCUGGGGAGCUGGAGUGAUGGCUGAUAAAAUGCAGGCAUCGGACAGUCCCUCGGCUGGGGAACAGGCACUGGGCUGUCCUUCUCCGGAGAAGUCCCUCCUGGGUGACAGCACGGAGGUGACAGAAGAGCUUUCGCAGCGCGGGGAUGGGGCUGAGCCAAGUGGAGCCGCUUGUCCCUCCCAGGCUGGGAAGCCCUCCGAGAAAUACCGGCUGGAGGGAGGGAAGCUGCACUGCAACGCCUGCUCCUUCGUGUGCUCCCGCGUCUCCACCAUCACCUCCCACGUGGAGGAAGGGUGCCGGAGCCUGGAGCAGUUCUGGUGCUCACAGUGCCCCGAGGCCUUUCGCUCCCAGCGGGCCCUGAAGAGCCACCAUGCAGAGAAGCACCUCGCGCCCCCCGAGGAGGACAGACCCCAAAGCACCCAAAUCCCCGGGGGAGACUCGGCCGGCGCUGAGACGGGGCAGCCCGGCGAGCCCCCACCGGGCGCAGCCGCCCCGAAAGCCACGCUGCCCAAGCGGAGGCGUCUCUCCUGCCCCACCUGCCCCUUCACCUGCCACCAGGAGCGGGCCAUGAAGACGCACAAGAAGCGGGGCUGCGUGGCGCUGGGCGAGUUCCGCUGCGCCUCCUGCCCCUUCACCUCCAAGGCGGCCAAAGCCUUGAGGCUGCACCGCAAGCUGCACCGCAAGCACUACAGCAAGCGGCCGCAGCUGCAGUGCCGCCAGUGCGAGUUCACCUGCAAGCAGGCCCGCUGCCUGCGGCAGCACGUGCGCAUCAAGCACGAGGGGGUGAAGCCCCACAAGUGCCGCUACUGCGAGUUCAGCACCACGCGGCGCUACCGCCUGGAGGCCCACCAGUCCCUGCACACCGGCGUGGGGCGCAUCGCCUGCGGCAGCUGCAGCCAGACCUUCGGCACCAACUCCAAGCUGCGCAUCCACCGCCUGCGGGUGCACGAGAAGACGCCCACCCACUUCUGCCCGCUCUGCGACUACGGCAGCUACCUGCAGAACGACAUCACCCGCCACGUCAACAGCUGCCACCGCGGCGAGCUCAACUUCGGCUGCUCCCGCUGCGAGGCCCGCUUCAGCUCCGAGACGGCCCUCAAGCAGCACGUCCUGCGGCGGCACGAGGAGAAGGUGGCCUACGGCUGCCCGCGUUGCGGCUUCGUGUGCCACAGCGAGGCCACGCUCAAGUGCCACGUGCAGAAGCAGCACCCGCACCUGGAGUGCGGCACCUGCAAGGAGACCUUCCCCAGCCGGGACGCGCUGGAGGAGCACAAGAGGCAGCACUUCGGGCACCGCUGCGAGCUCUGCAGCUUCGCCGCCAAGGAGCGGCAGCAGCUGGUGCGGCACUACGUGGAGAGCCACGAGCCCGCCGCCCCCCAGGACAAGCCCCUGCGGUGCCCCUUCUGCGACUUCGCCUGCCGUCACCAGCUCGUCUUCGACCAGCACGUGAAGGGCCAUGGGGGCACCCGCGUCUACAAGUGCUCGGACUGCGAGUACAGCACCAAGAACAGGCAGAAGAUCACCUGGCACAUCCGCAUCCACACCGGAGAAAAGCCCUACAAGUGCCACCUCUGCAAGUACGCCUGUGCCGACCCCUCGCGCCUCAAGUACCACAUGCGGAUCCACAAGGAGGAGCGGAAAUACCUCUGCCCGGACUGCGGCUACAAGUGCAAGUGGGUGAAUCAGCUCAAGUACCACAUGACGAAGCACACGGGGCUGAAGCCGUACCGCUGUGACGAGUGCGAGUACCGCACCAACCGGGCGGACGCGCUGCGGGUGCACAAGGAGACGCGGCACCGCGAGGCGCGCUCCUUCAUCUGCGAGCAGUGCGGCAAGGCCUUCAAGACCCGCUUCCUCCUCAAGACCCACCUGAAGAAGCACAGCGAGGAGAAGCCCUACGUCUGCAACGCCUGCGGGCGGGCCUUCCGCUGGGCGGCCGGCCUGCGCCACCACUACCUCACCCACACCAACGAGCACCCCUUCUUCUGCCGCUACUGCCCCUACAAGGCCAAGCAGAAGUUCCAGGUCAUCAAACACAUCCAGCGGCACCACCCCGAGCGCGGGGCCGCCGAGGGGGUGGGCAAGGACCCCAGCACGCCCACCGUGCACCUCCACGCCGUGCAGAGGGAGAGCCCGGCCGCGGGGCGCCCUGUGCCGGAGCUGGAAGGAGGGUGCCCCCCGGGGAAGGAGGGCGCCUUGCCAUGAGGGGGAGAUGGAUGUGUGUGUAUAGGCAUAUAUGUAUAUGGGAUGUAAGAUAGGCGGCUGUAUAAAAGGGAUCGCUCAGCUCCUUUUAA